CGCUGGCACCGACGGCGGCACAACACGCAUAGGCCUCGUCUCCUCUCCGACGCUGACGUCACGCCGCUACUGACGGCCUCCGCUGCCCAGGAUGCUGCUGCUCGUGCUGUUCGCCGUCGCUGUCGUGUGCUGGGUGCUGCACCGAUGGAUCAACAUGAAGCCCAAGAACUUCCCUCCAGGGCCUCCUUGCUUCCCAGUGGUGGGCAGCGCACUGUCUGUACCUCAAGCAAGGCCGGACCUGAAGAUGGAGGAGUGGCGCGAAACGUACGGCCCCGUUGUGGGGCUCGUGCUGGGCACCCGGCCGGGCGUCGCUGUCUGCAGGCCUGAUGCGGUCUUCGAGGCCCUCAAGAACGAAGACCUGCAGGGGCGGCCCGACAACAAGUUCUUCCGCGAGCGCACCUUCAACAAGAGACUAGGUGUGUUCUUCACGGACGGGCCUUUCUGGGUGCAGCAACGGCGCUUCACGCUGCGCCACCUGCGGGAUUUCGGCUUCGGCAAGAUCAGCAUGGAGGGACGCAUCCUGGAGGAGGUCGAGGACCUGGUGGGCAGCCUCGCCAACAAGACUGUGCAGGUUACUGAACUCUUCGGUAUCCACAUGGUGAACGUGCUGUGGGCCGUGGCGGCUGGAUCGCGCUUCGAGAGGCACGACGCGCGCCUGAAGAAGCUGCUGGAAGGCGUGAACGAAACGUUCCGGUCCGGGAAUCCGACGGGCAGCAUGCUGAGGCGGCUGCUGCCUUUCCUCACAAAGCUGGCGCCCGGCCUCACCGGCUACAGCAGGGAGGUCGAGACCAGGACGGAGCUACAGGACUUCAUCCGGGAAGCAGUGCACCAGCACAGGGAGACUCUAGAUGUGGACAAUCCACGAGAUUUCAUUGACGUUUACCUGCGGGAGAUGGAUGCGUCCAAGGACCCUACAUUCACAGAGGAUGGACUUGUGGCCACUGUAUUCGAUCUAUUUGGUGCUGGUGCAGAAUCAGUGUCCAACACGUUGGCAUUUGCUGUGAUGUACCUAGUUCUCCACCCAGACGUGCAGCAGAAACUGCACAAAGAACUGGAUCUCGUUGUGGGGCAUGCCCGCAGGGUGUCUCUUGAAGACAGACCACAGUAUGUUGCAUUAAGUAUAUACAAAGUGAAACUUAGUCAAAAUCUUACACUAAACAGAUAUAGUGAAGUGUUAUAUAAAGUAGAGAAGGAGGUUUUGCUUAUUAGUAUAAAUGUUUCUUGCAGGUUACCGUAUCUGGAAGCUGUUAUAACUGAGGUGUCCCGCAUAAACACAAUUGCACCCUUGUGCCCGCCACAUGCUGCUCUCAAGGACACAACCCUCUGUGGAUACAACAUUCCCCAGGGAACAUGGCUCUUCAUCAGUUUGUGGAGCAUCAUGCAUGACCGGGAACAUUGGGGAGAUCCAGAUGUGUUCCGGCCAGAGCGUUUCAUUGACAAGGAGACUGGCAAAUUUGUACGAGACCCUUUCUUCAUCAACUUUGGCGCUGGUCCAAGAGUUUGUCUUGGCAUGGCACUUGCCAAGAAUAAUUUGUUCCUUUUCUUGGCAAGUCUCCUUCAGGACUUCACUAUUUCUUUGCCUCCAGAUGAACCUAAGCCAUCUACACUUGCAUUGCCUGGGUUUACUACAGCACCCAAGCCCUUCAGGGCACACUUUUCAACAAGGUGAUAUUUGAAAAGUGAUAUCUGAAAAAAGAAGUGUAGUGUAUUGAAUGCAUUUCUGUAAAUGUAUUUACUUGUAUGAAAAUAUGCUUUUCAUUUAGCAACAGCCUGUUCCUGUAAAUGUUCUGAACUUCUUGUCUAACAUCAUAUGUUUUUUAUAAAUAUAUUUACUUUUAUAAAAACAU